AGAUGCAACGGAAGCUGGAGCCGAAUCACAACAACAACAACAAGCACAAGGAGCGAGACAACGCGAGCCAGGACAAAGAUAAGGACAAAGACAAAGACAAGGAUAAGGAUAAGGACAAGAAUAGAGACAAGGAUAAGGACAAGCAUAGACCCAAGGAUAAGGACAAGACUAGAGACAAGACUAAGGACAAGGAUCGGCUGAAGCUAGGUCUGGCGAUUGGAAAAAUAAUGACCUCGCAACCGGUGAUCACUGCCGAGGAGCAACGCAUACAUGAGCUGGAUCAGGAUGUGGAGCGGAUAUUUGAUGUGAGAAAGCGCCUGGGCAAAGGAGCCUAUGGCAUCGUUUGGAAGGCCAUCGAACGGGAAAAGAAGAGCACGGUGGCCCUCAAGAAAAUCUUCGAUGCCUUCCGUGAUGAAACGGAUGCCCAGCGCACCUAUCGCGAGGUGGUCUUCCUGCGCGCCUUUCGCCACCAUCCGAAUAUAAUCCGUCUGAUGAAUGUAUAUAAGGCCGGCAAUAAUUUAGACUUUUAUUUGGUUUUUGAAUUCAUGGAAAGCGACCUGCACAAUGUCAUUAAGCGGGGCGAUAUCCUGAAGGACAUACACAAGCAGUUCAUUAUGUACCAGCUGGUCAAUGCCAUCAAGUACAUGCACUCGGGCAAUGUCGUCCACAGGGACCUGAAGCCGAGCAACAUCCUGAUAGACAGCAAGUGCAGACUUAAGGUGGCCGAUUUCGGCCUGGCCCGUACACUGUACAAAAAGCGUAACACCGAUUUUGAUGACCUGGAGCAUGGAGCCAUGUUGACGGACUAUGUGGCCACGCGUUGGUAUCGCGCUCCCGAAAUCCUGGUGGCCAGUCGCACGUAUACCAAGGCCAUCGAUAUGUGGAGUCUGGGCUGCAUUCUGGGCGAGAUGAUCAGACAAAAGCCGCUAUUCCAGGGCACCAGUACCAUCAACCAAAUAGAGAAGAUCGUGUCUGCUCUGCCGGAUGUGACCCAGCAGGACAUUGAUUCCAUUGGUGCCAGCUUUGGGACGGUUUUGCUCAGCAAAAAGAUCAAUCGGGAUCGUCGCCACUCCUUGGAGGACAUGCUGCGCCACUGCAGCGAUGAAGCCAUGUCCCUGUUAAAAUCCCUCCUGGUACUGGACCCGCAUCGACGGCUCACGGCCAAGGCGGCCAUGCUGCAUCCGUAUGUGACGCGCUUUCGUACCGCCUCCGCGGACAUGGAGCUCCGAUCGGAUGUGCAUCCGCCGCUAAGGGACGAAGUGCGCUACAACAUCAACGAGUACCGGUCGAAUCUGUACGAUACCAUUUGCCACGAGUCAUGGAGCAGUGGACGUUCGGAGAGGACCACCUCGUCAUCAAGCAAUCGAGAUACGGCAACAACGACAACGACGACGACUACGACGACAAAGAAGCCCUCGCGAUCCGUCUCGCGGACCAGGACACUUAGUGCCAACCAGACGACAAGCAAACUGGCAACGGUGGCGACAAUGGCGGCAGCCGCAGUGGCGGCGGUCAGGAAGACGGAUCUCAAUCUGGGCGUGAGCACAGUGCAGCGCAACAUAACCCAAAACUGGGCAGGGGCAGGGAGCGAGCAGAAGAGGACCUCAUCCUCGCCGAAGCAGUCGGCGCCUGAACAGACGCAUGUCAAGGAUGUGCCACAAAAUGGACGCACCAGCCACAAUCAUCAAUCAUCGUCAGCGCAUCCCAAGCGGCCAGUAGCCGCCGUGCCAGCAAGAACGGCUUCUCCGUUGGACGCCAAACUAAAACUCACUGCCGAGGCUGCGAUGGCUAUGCGCCGGGAACUGGACGGUAUGGCGGCCACGGCGCCACGCUCAAAGAUUCCCAUAUGGCAUUCGCAGAAGGUAACACACAACCAGUUCCAUGAUAAGGCCGAGGCGCAGGUAAAGGCGCUGCUCAACACCAGACUGCCCCCCUACACCGACCAGUUGGAGAAGGUGAAGUGGGGCGAUAAGCUGGCGGGUGGUGGUGAUCUAGCCUCACCUAAAGAUCUUCAGGGGAUGUUGGCGCGGACGCGAAUUCUCCGCAAGAUGGAGAAGGAGAGGGAGAAGAAGCCGCAGGAUAAGACGGAAGAGACGCAGUUGGAGCAGAAGAGGGAGAAGGAGAAGAAGGACAAGAGGGAUAUGGAUCGGGAGAGGGAACGGCAUCGAGACAGAGGCAGGGACAGGGAAAAGUAUACCCAAGAGCCUUCACAGUGCCAUCAUCUGAGCAAGAACACCAGGCCAGCUUUAGAGCCACGUCAGCAUAGGGUCGUUGAGGUCCAGCGGCAGGAGUCGACAGUCGAGGAGAUGAAGCGCCGCCGGCACAAAGAGGAGAAGCAGCUGGCGCGGCUUAAAACAGAGCCAGAGGAGCUGCGGGUAAGAAUGGAGGCCACCAAAAAGGACAAGGAGCGAAGGCGGCAUAUGGGCACCCAUAUGGGGGCACGGUGCCAGCGUCUCAUACAGCUUUCCAACAAGGGCACCACGGACAUGGUCCUGCAGCUGAUGACCCGCAAGCUGCAGAGGCUCAGCGAGCAGAAGGAGCUGGUGCAGGCGGAAAAAAAGCAAAACUCCUGCAGAUCAGACACACUCCAGCAGCUGGAAAACGGCACAGUUUGGUGCUAUCGCACACGUAUCGCCAACCUGGAGGCCGAGAUGGCCAAGUGCAAGGAGCAGUUGUUGAAAUUUCUCGUUGAGAAUCAGGACAUGCUUACCCAUCGCCGGCUGCGCCAUCACUUUAAUCUGCUGAAGCCCAAGAAGGAGGAGCUGGCGGCGGCGGCGGCCCAAGGCGACGGAGCCAGCGGCGAUGCGGGUGCAACAGUUCUGAUCCCGGAUCCCGAACAGAGCUACGAGUCCUUUCGCCGGGAGCAGGACAAGCUGAGGCACUUGCAGCUCCAGGAGUUUCUGGCCCGCGACGAAAGCAAUGACUACGAGCUGCCCAAUCUGGGCAAUGUAUACAAGGCCAAGAGCUAUCACUCCUUUACCCAGUCUUUUUUCAGAGGAUCGCCGGUAUCAUCGCCGGAUUCCGGCUUGUCAAAUUCCCAGGAGGCGGAGUACACCGGCACCCAUGCUGAUCCCAGCAUUCACAAGUGUGACAAGCUAUAUCCCAGCCACUCCAUGAUCAGACUGCUGGCCAUGAACAAGGGACAAGGCGAUGGGCCGAAACAGGAGCAUCAUCAUCAUCGCCAGCACAAGUACCAUAAGCACCAGCAGCAGUCGAACGACCAAAAGCGGAUGCGUCCACAGGAUAUACAGGAGGCUCAGUUCCUGCCCCGUAGGAACCACUUAUGAAGACCAGGGAUUCGAUCUCUUACUUAACGGGACGUAAUAUACUAUGUAUACAUAUAUGAAAUGUGCAUUACCCAAGUCUUGGAUAUUUGUUGCGAGUUUGUUAUUCCCUUUCAUAUAUAUAUUGGUAAUGGGAAAUUAUAGAUUAACUUAAGUGUGACGCUAUUGUUCACUUCA